AUGGUAUCUCCCAUGAUACGCCGUACUGCUCCUUCUGGAGAGAAGCUGUACAUGGCGGAUCAACAAGUGCCGCCUCCAACCCCAAUAAGCCGUCUUAGUCUCAUUGGUGACGAAAAUAUUCAUGCCUCUCCGAUGGGUAUGACAAUUAUCUCGCCAGAUGAAUUAAGUGCAUCUGUAUCUCACUUGGAAACACCAAGCGCUUCUCGCGAGGUCGGCACUGAGAUUGAGAACAGAGUAGGGUCUUUGAGCAGCCGCAGAGGUCGUCGGGGGAAUCGAUCUUUGUCACUUCAGCACACUCCACUACCACCAUCAUCUGCUCUUGUGAUUCCUGGGUCUCAUUCCAAGCAACAAGCCAACAGCGUCAGUAGCAAGAAAAGCCGUUCUCGACGUUCCAUGUCACGAGUCAUGGGUGAAAAUGCGGAUCCAACUGAGAGGGAAGUCAAGGCACUACAUGCUAGGUUUAAUGCAAUUCAAUCGGGGUUGGGUUCCAUUGAUCAUGAACGUGUGCAGCUCGUCGAGAAAUCCAAAGAAUUAGAAGAAGAAAAGCUUGCUUUAGAGGAGCAACUUGAGUUGAGAGAUAACGAAAUUCAUGCUCUUGUGAAAAGAUGUGCCAAUCAAGAAGAGAAAAUUAGGGAAUACAGCAAAUUGCGCUCACAGAAUCGGGAACUGGCAACAGACUUGCAGGGCAUGGUGCAGAAGUUGGAGACUAUGAAAUCGUCUUCCACUGAUUUGCAUCAACUCAAACGGCAGCUUAGAGAGUCCGAACAUGAACGUGAAGAGUUGCAAAAAAGGCUUGAAUGGGUUGAAAAGGAACACGAUGCCAUUGCUGGAACCUUAUCAGAGUGCUUGGAGAAUAUUCGCAAACUGACAACUGAAAAGAAACAAUUGGAAGAAGACCGCAUUCGAGAAAGACAACGAUCUGACAUGGAAAUGGAAAAGCAACGCUUGAACAUGGUCCAGCUUUCCAAUGAUUUGCAGUCCGAUUUGCAGCAGAAACAGCAGCAAAUUGACGAAAUGGAAAUAAUCAUUCAGCAGCAAAGUUUGAAAAGAGAGACUUCAUCGACCAUGUCGUCUACGAGGGAAGGUAGUGCUGAAGAUGCCCAACUAUUAGUUACGCGUUAUGACGAUCACUUCGACGGAGGGUCUUAUGACAGUGACAUUUUAGAUGCUCGACUGAAGAAAACCGUGCGACGAUAUGAAAAACAAAUUGCAGAGAUGAAAGAACAAGUUGAGAGUCACAUACAAGUGAUAAUGGAGGAAGAGGAACAAAAGCGACUAGAAGCAGCAACCGCGUAUGAACGCCGAAUCGAAUCGAUGCAUCAGGAGAUUUUGGAAAGUGAAUCAAAGGAAGAUAGACUUUUCGAAUUGCAGAGCAAGUUGGCGAAGCAAGAUGUUGAAAUAAAACGAGAGAAAGAGUCCACUCAUCAAGUCCGAGAAGCCGCUGAAAGGUAUGAGAAAACUAUUUCUGACUUGAAAGUCAUGCUGGAAGAAAAGGAUCAGGAGGUUAAGGAGAAGAAUGAAGCGAACAAAGAAUUGGAGACUCAGAUCGCCCGCCAUGAGAUGGAUUUGCAAUCUCAAGUCAAGACAACGAAGAAAAGCUAUGAAGAGAAGGUUGCAGAGCUAGGGAAGCUACUACGGGAGCAAAAGAUAGAGCUACAAUCCAGCGAAGAAUCUCGCGCAAGGUUACAAGCUUCGCAGAGCGAGAAAGAAGCGCUUGCAUCCUCGUAUGAUAUCCGAGUAACCCAGUUGCAGACUCAAAUUUCUCAGCAAGAGAUUGAUCUGCAAACGAAAGCCAGUUUAUUGGCAAGACACGAAAGCAAGAUCAUUUCGUUGGAAAGUCAAGCGAAGGAGCAACUUAAGCUUAAAGACCUCGUGGCGGAACACGAGACGAAGGCAACGCAAUUGCAAAAUCAGAUCAAGCAACACGAAACUGAAGCGCAAUUUGCAAAGUCGGAGUAUGAAGGCAAAAUUGCUUUCUUGGAAAGAGAGCUUACCGAAAAGAAUAAUACACGAAUGGCUGUUGAAUCAGAAAAUAGAGCCUUGAUAGACGCAAAGAAUGAUUUGGAAGCCAGGAUGAAAGGGGAGCACGUUAAGCUAAAAGACCUUAUGGCAGAACACGGAACGAAAACAACGCUGCUGCAAACCCAGAUUAAGCAACAAGAGACUGAAUUGCAAUUUGCAAAGACGGAGUAUGAAAGCAGAAUUUCUGGGUUGGAAAAAGAGCUCACCGAAAAGAUGCAUGUGCGUUUGGCUCUUGAAUCGGUCAACCGAUCUUUGUUGGGCGCAAAGAAUGAUCUUGAGGUUAGGAUCAGCGAGCUUGUGUCCAGUCACGAGAGAAACGUUCGUGAUCUUCAGGACAAGGUCAAUAAGAAGGAAACAGAACUGGUACAUGUCAAGGAUGAAGCCAGCAAACUACGUGAGGAGUUGAAGGUAUACACCAAAAAGUUGGCAGAACAAGGCGAAAUUCUGACUUCAGGAAAGGAAAUGAAUACGAAAUUGAAAGAGAUGAAGAAGGAAUGCGAAGACAUGAUGAGCCAGUUGAGGGCUACAAUAGCAAGUUUGCAGUCACGCAUCGAACAACAACGCACUGAUGUCGAGUCAAAGGACCAAGUUAUCGCCCAACAUGAAAAUACGAUGACCGAGCUGCAAGACCAGCUGAAGACGAGUGAAAAUACCAUUAAAAAGCUGGAAACACAGUUUGAAGAACAAGAAAAUGCAAUUGCUGAGAAAACAAAAGAAGUCACAACGAAUAAUAGCAAGGUGGCCGAUUUGAAGGACCAGCUUGGCGAACGAAUGAGAGAGACUGCCAAAACUAAGAAGGAGAUGAAACAAAUUCUAACGGAGCACAGUGAAACAAUGGUGGGUGUGGCAUUAAAGACUGACAAGCUCAGAAAUAAGCUGAUUGAGAUGAAAGAGAAACUUGAUGAAAGGGACGAGCUGAUUUCCAACUUGGAAAAUGAAUUUGGUGAACAAAUGCAGGAGCUGAUGAACAAGCAGGUUAUUCUCGAUAGAGUGGAGGACCAAAAGCAAUUACUUGAAGCCCAGGUUGAAUCACUUCAGCACUUUGAAGAUGAACAUGCGGCGAUGGUUCAUUAUAUUGAAAUCAUGGAAUCGAACUGUGCUGAACUCACCGCAGAAAAUGGUAUUCUGAAUGUUGAAAAAGACAGCUUGGUUGAGGAUAAACUUCAGCUCCAAGAGAAACUUGAAGGAUUCGAAGGCCGAGUUGCUACGUUGCGGGACAAGCAUAUCGCUCGUGAAGAAGAAGUAAAAGCAGAUCUUGAGCAGGAAACGGCGAAACUAAGAGAAGAGUUGGACAAAAUGAACCAGCAACUGGUUUCUAAAACCGACGAAGUCAAUAAAGUGCGAAUGGAAGCAAAGGCUACCUUGGAGAACAUGCAAGUUUCGCUUGCGAAGGCUAGAGAUGAAAUUGUUGAAUUGGAGGACCAGCUGGGUUGGGAGAAGACCUUGCAAACACAACCAACUGAUGCGUCGGAAGAAAUUGAUUCUCUUACUCAAGAAUUGGAGGCUGAGACAAGACGACGUGAAGCCCUCCAAGAGAAAUUCGAUUCAUCGCAGGUGAGCGCCGAAAGUAUGAGAAUUGAAUUAUUAGAAGCGGAGAGAGAACAAGCCAACUUACGAGAAGAGUUGGAAGCGUCUCAGGAAGACAUUGCAAUGCUGGGGAAGGAAAGAGUCGCCUUACUAGAAGGAUUGGAAGCCACUAAAGAAGAGAUUGUACUACAAGAGAAGGAGCGAAUCGCCUUACUGGAAGAAUUGGAAGCAGCUAAAGAAGACAUUGCGCUACAGGAGAAGGAGCGAAUUGCCAUACUGGAAGAAUUGGAAGCAGCUAAAGAAGACAUUGCGCUACAGGAGAAGGAGCGAAUCGUCUUACUGGAAGAAUUGGAAGCAGCUAAAGAAGACAUUGCGCAACAGGAGAAGGAGCGAGUCGCCUUACUGGAAGAAUUGGAAGCAGUUAAAGAAGACAUUGCGCAACAGGAGAAGGAGCGAGUCGCCUUACUGGAAGAAUUGGAAGCAGUUAAAGAAGACAUUGCGCUGCAGGAGAAGGAGCGAGUCGCGUUACUAGAAGUUUUGGAAGCAGCUAAAGAAGACAUUGCGCAACAAGAGCAGGAGCGAGUCGCCAUAAUAGAAGAAUUGGAAGCUGCUAAAGAAGACAUUGCGCAACAAGAGCAGGAGCGAGUCGCCAUAAUAGAAGAAUUGGAAGCUGCUAAAGAAGACAUUGCGCUACAGGGGCACGAACUCGAGCGAAGAGACAAGCGCAUCAGCAACUUGGUUUCUGAGAUCGAUGCUCUCAGUCGAAAUGAUCACAAAGAAGCCUUCAUAGAAGCGGAAAGUCAAAAGCUGGAACUUGAGGGGCAACUCGCAGAUAUGAGGAGACAAGAAGCAGAGCUCGAACAAGCUCUAAACGGCAAGGAAAAAGAGAUCGAAAAGAUGAAGGCGUACUGCUCUGAACUCGAAGAGAAGACCGAGUCCAUGGAGACUCAACUACUUUCAACAGAAGAUGACUUGAUUGAAAAGCUUGAUGUCGCCGUCAACAAUUUUGCUGAGAAAGAAGCUGCACUUUCUGCGAUGAGAGAGUCUCUAGCCGCAAGAAAUGCGCAAAUUGAAUCACUUGAAUCCGACGUGAAGAUAGAAAAGGACAAAGAAGUGGAACUACUUGGCAGACUAUCCGAGGCCGAGUCAAAGAUUGCAAGUUACGAAUCGGAACUAGGACAUCGAACUGAAAAGAUUGCUACUCUCCAAAAGCAGAUUCAUGGAGCCAGUGAAUCGACACGACGGCGAAUAUCUGACUUCGAAACGAAAAUCCAUCAAAUGAAGACCGACCUUGCGUUAAAGGACGACGAAAUCAGGGAUCUUCGUAUGGUUGAUCUCAAGGAUGCAGAGGAAGAAAUUUCAGAACUGAAAGCAUCGCUCAAAUCAAAGCGGGUACUGGAGCAAGAACUACGAUCCAAAAGAUCUUCGGCAAUAGAACUGCAAAAGACCGUGAACGACUUGAAAAUGAACCAAACGCGGUUGCUAACACAGGAACGAGAUCUGAUGGCUGAGUGCGAUAGGCUUUUCAAAUCGGAGAGAGAAGCAAAGGAAAUGGUGGCAAAGAUGGAAUCUGAACUUCAAUCAAUGGUCCAGCAGCGCAAGAAUUACGAAGCUGAAAUGAGAAGCAAAAAGCUAUCUCAAGAAUGCGAGCUUAGGAAACUUGAAAACGAAGCAAGCGAAAGGGACGAAAAGCUCAGCGAAGUUGUUAUUAUCAAUGAGGGUUUAGAGACGAAAUUGAAUAUGAGAGAACGAGAGCUGGAGGAAGAGCGACAGGAAUUGGAUUCCAAACGUGGGGAGAUUACGAAACUUCGUCGUGAAUUUUUUGAGAAGGAAAAUGGUUUGAAGCAGCAACUGAACGAAGAACGGAGGACCCUCGAGGUUGCUGAGCAGACUUUGGAGAGCAUGAAGAGACAACAGAGCGAAGCUAUAAAGUACAGGAAACAAGCGUCACAGAAAGAAAAAGAAAUCGAAGGAUUGAAAGAUAAGGUGAAGCGUCAAGAGGCUUAUAUGCAAAAGAGGAUGCAAAGAGAGAAGAUGCCGAGCCGAGUAGUAGUAGUGGCAGACUCAACUCCUGUGCCAACUCCAGCUCCCAAAAACAGUAGGACUGCGCAGUCCUUGGCUGCAUCACAUUUGGCAAGAAGAAGACAUAGUGGGAUCCCUUCCAAGCCGACAACCACAGGAGGUGCAACGUCUACCCCUUCGACAAGUCGAAAAGCGCGGGCAAGUUUGCUGCCGAUUGUAGGAUUCAAGAGUCCUGGUUUUAGGGACGACCUUGAUUAG